UCCCCGCCCGAGCGGCAGGAGGGAGAACUCCGCGGCAGGAAAGUGAAUUAAACUUAAUUGAGAAUGUCCGAAAACCCUGACAAGCCCAAUAUAAAUGAAGCAGGAAAAUCAAAAUCGAAUGAUUCUGAGCAAGACCUUGAAGAUGCUGUGAAAGGUUCUGAUGCCACUCUACAGAAAACAGUAAAGUCCGGCUCUCCCAGCACCCGAAGAGUGCAAAGACCUCACUCUAGUCCUCCUCGAUUUGUGACAGUAGAAGAACUUCUAGAGACAGUGAAAGGAGUCACUAACAUGGCUUUAGCUCAUGAAAUUGUAGUAAAUGGAGACUUUCGGAUUAAACCAGUUGAAUUACCAGAAGACAGUCUGGAGAAGAGAGUGAAGGAGAUUGUACAUAAAGCUUUUUGGGAUUGCUUGAGUGUCCAGCUAAGUGAAGACCCCCCCACAUAUGACCAUGCCAUCAAACUUGUUGGGGAAAUCAAAGAGACUCUCUUAUCUUUCUUGCUGCCUGGUCACACUAGACUGAGAAACCAGAUAACAGAAGUCUUGGAUCUGGAUCUGAUAAAGCAAGAAGCAGAGAAUGGGGCCUUAGACAUUUCCAAGCUGGCAGAAUUCAUUAUUGGCAUGAUGGGGACCCUCUGUGCACCUGCUCGAGAUGAGGAGGUCAAGAAACUAAAGGACAUUAAGGAAAUAGUGCCUCUUUUCAGGGCAAUUUUUUCCGUGUUGGACCUCAUGAAAGUGGACAUGGCGAACUUUGCCAUCACUAGCAUUAGGCCGCAUCUCAUGCAGCAGUCUGUGGAAUACGAAAGGAAGAAGUUUCAACAGCUUUUGGAGAAGCAGCCAAGUACGUCCGAUGCUUUGUGGCUCCUGCACUCUUUCUCCAUUUCAGGGCCGAGGCUGGUUGCACAAUGA